AUGAGACAACAAACACAAAGAGUUACGGAUGUCCGGCCUGCCUCACUGGGUGAGAACGGGAAAGAUGCAUCCAAACUGGUAAAUUUUCCUGGCAGUGCCAAGAAUCAUCCAAGAAUCACAGCUGAGGCUGGACCAUUAACCAAAGUGAUGAUUUGUGAGGACAAAGAAGGAAAACCUAAGUCUUUUGGAUAUGUCUGCUUUAAACACAAAGUAUCAGUGCCUUAUGCAAAAGCUCUGCUGGAUGGAAUCUGUUUGUAUGGAAGACCAAUUACCGUGCAGUAUUGGAGGGGGAGUUCUCCCUCACCACAACCAGACAGUUGUACAGACGGUUUUGAACACUAUAUUGACUUAGAGUCUCCUGCAGACAGGCAUCAAGAGCUUUCUGGAAAUCCUCCAUUUCCUGUUACUCCUUUGCCAGUGAACAACAGUUUACUUCAUGAUCACCCUGGCUUUCAAGAGGUGAAUCAAACUGCACAAUUCAAGACUGCACGGAGUUAUCCUGAAUUUUCCACAUCCAAGUGACUGUGAAGUGCACCAAGCAGGAUGAAAGAAAGACAAGAUGGCAAAGUUGUGACAAUGACUAGUACUGAAGAGAAUAAAAGGAGACAAAGACAGUGUGGCCAAAACUGGGGGAAAAAAAACAAACCCCAAGAAAAAGACAUAUUAAUACUGUAUAUUUUUUAUUAUUAUAUUUGCUUUCAUCUUUGAACUUUAUUAAAGAAGGAAUGAUCAAGA